AACUGGGGGGAGGGAGGGUGUGGAGGGCGUUUAGUUCGUCCUACCCGCCCCCUCUCCCCCGACACAAGCCUAGGGGCAGCUGUGGAGGGAGAGGAGAGCGCUUGUCCCUCCUGCCCCGCUCCCCUUCGCGUUUUUAGUAGGGGUGGGCGAUGCUCUGUUUCUCAGGGGUUUCUUUCGACGUAUUUAAGGAGCGGCUACGAGUCCGCUUCCAGGCGCUUCCAUCCCGCGGACGUCGAGGUGGACGCGGCUGGGAAAUCCUUCCUGAUCACUGGCGCCAACAGCGGCAUUGGCAAGGCAACAGCGAAGGAGCUAGCAAAGAGAGGUGGCACAGUUCACUUGGUUUGUCGAAAUAAGGAAAGGGCUGAGGAAGCCAAAGGAGAAAUUAUGACAGAAACGGGUAAUCAGAAUAUCUUCUUACAUAUUUUGGAUAUGUCUAAUCCCAAGGAAAUCUGGAAGUUUACUGAAAAAUUCAAAAAUGAACAUAAAUUGAAUGUUUUGAUCAACAAUGCAGGAUGUAUGGUUAACCAACGGGAAUUAACAGAAGAUGGACUUGAAAAGAACUUUGCAACGAACACCUUAGGUACAUACAUUCUGACAACUGCCCUGCUACCCCUGCUGGAAAAAGAAGCUGAUCCCAGAGUGAUAACUGUCUCUUCUGGGGGCAUGCUGGUUCAAAAAUUAAGCAUAUCUGACUUGCAGUCAGCAAAUGGCACAUUUGAUGGAACUAUGGUGUAUGCACAAAACAAGAGACAGCAAGUUGUCUUGACAGAACAAUGGGCAAAAGCUCACAGAAACAUCCAUUUCUCUGUCAUGCACCCUGGCUGGGCAGACACUCCAGCUGUGAGAUCAUCAAUGCCAGAUUUCUAUCAGAAGAUGAAGAAUGUCCUGCGCACAGAGGCACAGGGAGCUGACACUGUUGUAUGGUUGGCAGUCUCAUCUGAAGCAACAAAGUUACCAAGCGGCUUGUUCUUCCAAGACAGGCAACCAGUUGCUACACACUUACCCCUCGCAAGAACCUACAGUCCACCAGAGGAUGAGGAGAAGCUAAUGGAGGUGCUGGAAGAAUUUUCCCAGAAGUUUAAAUCCACUUCUUCAGGAACUUAGUGUCACUGCUAACGCAGCAUAACCACAAAGCUUCUAAUUAUACAGUAACAGUACUGUAGUGUGCCUCAUGUAGAGGAGAGGUAGGAUGCCAUAGGUCUGUUAAAAAUAAAUUGCAUUCAGGUGUGCUCAUAGUGGGGGAUAGUGGUGCUUGCAAAUUUGUUCUGCUGCUGAGAGUCCCUUCCCUUGCGAAUACGCACCUGCUAUCUCAAGACAUGGUAAGGUUGAAUUGGAAGAAAAAUACAGAGCCAUUAAAAUGAAAUAAAGCCCAAAUGAUAGCAUUAGACUUUGUGACUUUCCCAAAACCUUUAAAAACACUCAGUGUACCGAGAAAUCCUAAGACGCACAUCUUCAAUAGCUCUCAUGAAUGACUUCAGGAAAGAAGUGUUAUUAAACACUGUAUUUGGCAGGUUGAUGGCUUUCUUUGCGGGAGUGGGAGUGCCUGGGCUCUAACCUAUGAUCAGGAAUGCAGAAAUUCUCUUUUGCAGUGCUUGCUUAGUUCAAAUGGAAGGAUUUCUCACAGCCUUCAGUUUCUAUAGGUCAACCCUGGUAUGCACAAGUGAUCUACUUCCUCGUGUUUAAACAGCAAAAAUUUAGGAAUGCUGCCAAAUGCCUGCCGCACUAUUUUAUGGAGCCAGGACAGAAUAUUAUCCCAUUUAUGUGAAGGCACUAUGAGGUAGCGGACCUCAACAGGCACCACACCUUGAUGUGAUUGGACCCCUCCCCUUCAGGCAAUGGAGAAAUGGCUUCAUGACUCCAGGAUAAAAAGAAAUAACAUGCUAAGCCUAAUGUGCUUGCUUUUUCUGUCAGAGAUCAAAUGGAAUUGCUUUAUCAUUAUGAACAGAUUAAGAAGAGGAGGAGAACACUAGGAGUCUCGAGUUUUAUAGGAUGGAGAGCUCCACUUCCUGAUGAGAGGGCCUUAUUUUGCCUGGAACAGUUUAUUUCCAGAUAGGGAAGAUGGGAUUCAUCUUACCUGGCUUGUGGACAUUUGAACUACUUAUCUGGACUCCCACUGUAAAUCAGUAGAGAGAGAACAAGCUCUUCUGCAGUGAUUUAUUGUGUAUACUUUAGAAACAACUCCUGUGUGCCUGUAUGUUUCUACUGACUUUAAAGAUAACCCAGCUCAGUCUACGACAUUACAGUGGGAUUCAUUUUAGCUUAUGUGUUUCAGAUAUUAUUUACUGCAAAGCCGAGACUAUUAUGAGCAGUACUGGUGACACAUCUUCUCCUUAACUGAGUGCGUUUAAUUGCAAGCUUCAUAGAAAACCCAACAAAGUUAAGCUACCUGUUUCUACACAUGGUUGGAGAGCAGUGUGGUAGGACAAAAGAAUUAGACACAAAAAUAAAACAGGUGUUCUUUGGAGCUCUCUACAGUGACACAGCUUGAGGCCAUGCUGAUGGGCAGAGGAGAAAUCAUUAUGUCUACUUUACAUACUUUAGUUUCCUGAAAGAUAUCCUACUGGCUGAUGUCCACUUUCAAACCAAGACCAUGCUUCAGAGUUCUGCAUUUACUCAUUAUUCAAAGGUAUUCUAUUAAGUAUCAAAGGUAUUCUGUUAAGUAUCAAGAAAAACUUUGCUUUUCAGCCUGUUGUCAGUUUCUACAGAAAUACAGGCUUUACUCUAAGAGAGGCACUGGAAUAAGUUUUCCCAUGAAAAGCACUGCGGAAACACUUGCUGUCACACUUCCUCCUGAAGAGGCUGGAGCAGCAUUCAAACCUGCUUCGUUUUAGAAACUUAAGUCCUUGUCACACUGCAAUGAAGUGAAACAACAGGAAGGUUUGCACAGACGUUUAUUUCCCCCAAAGUCUUAUAUUUACAGCACUUUACAUUGGACAAACUGUUAGAUACAGUUCCUGAAAACAAGAGCAUUUGUAGAAAGCAUAUAUAGUAACUGCAUUUCUCAAUCUAGUAGCUUCAAAGCAAAUCACGACAAUGUUUGCAUACUUGAGUGUUUUAACUCAAGUCACUUCUCAGCUCUGCAGUAUAAAAGAAAAGUUGAAUGACAGAUAUCUAAACAGUUCAUAAAAAUAACCAAAAGUGCACUUCAGCAUAUAUUUUAGUCCACAUUCUGUACUGAUAUAUUUAAAUAUCCUAUAACUUUCUUUUUAGUCACAGCUUAAGUUGGAAAUGAGGGCAACAAUAUGAAAACUGCUUUAAUCUAAGUUUGGUCACAGUGUAAAAAAAAAAAAAGAGCCAGAUACUAUAUAUUAUGAUUUAAGUGCACUUGUGAUAAAAUAAUUAAAUAUAGGACAGCUGCUAGAAACAAAAUCUGCAGUCUCCCACACUAUUGGUAUUAUGUUCCCAAUGAUGAUUUAUUUCACCCCGUUUCCAUAAAAGCAAAUGAGGUAUGUAGCUAUAAAGAUGUUUUGUGUUAAUGCAGGUUGGAGUAAAUUGUACCUGCAUGUAAGCAAAUACAUUUAGUGUCACCUAUAAAAUUUUUAGGGGCAAGAGAAAAACAGCAUCCAGCAAAAGAUUAUCAGAAAUACAAGGUGGCACAAAUUCCUGUUAAGCCAUGCACAUUAAGGACUUUAAAAUACACCUGUUUUAUAGGACCUGAAAUACUAGCGCAACAGCUGUUCCUCUUACUUCACUUCCCUUUCCACUCACAGCGCAGUUCUUCUUAUAUCAUCUUUCAAACUUACAGGAUUCUGACCUCAAUUGUUCAGUUAUUCACAUUCUGAAGACUUUCUCAUUUUUCUUCAUUUCUUAAUGUCACCCAGUGAGAAGGCUUUUUGCUUUUGGGGAUUUUGUACAAACAGGAAUGCAACACCACAGACCACGUGUGGAGUCAUUUCCCCAUGUCCCAGUGAAAAACACGGCCCAUCACCACUGCAGCAGGACUGACUGCAGCAGUGCAGAUGCACAAGUAACAGAUGCCAGUGGAACAGCAUUUCCUCUUUUCCUGACGUUUCAUUUUUGGGCCACGUUUGUUCAUGGUUUAAAAAAAAAACAAAACUACGGUUGAUUAAAGGUAUAAACAACAAUUGUUAAUGGUCUGCUUUUGAGUACCAGGGCUCUGCCAACAUUCCCAUAUUUUUGGUAUCUGUACAACUGUUCACCAUAAAAGCGGGGUGGGCCAGAAAAAGUAACUUUGUAUGUACCGCAAAUAAACUUCCCAAACCCAUAAAAACCCAAACCCUACUGCUAACUUGGAAAGCAUUUUAAAUGUAAAUACCUCACUAUUCUGGCAUAAACUGCAAAUACUGUUUGCAUUUGCACCAACAUACCUGCCAGUCUUUGUGCUGUCCUAAGUCUACAGUCCCUCGUAAGGUGAUUCAAGCAGGGGUACCCCUUCUCGUUAAAGAUGAUGGAGACAGGAUUUUGAAACAUGCCCAGCUUGGGCUCAGAGCUGGGAGUUUUACUAAGGUCUUCAAUAUAAACAGGCUUAAGGCAGUGCUGAAGAAUUCAGUGUUAACAUUUUCUUUGGUGGAACAGAGCUCUGGGCCAGACCUUUCAUUCUUCAGUUCAGUCAAUGAUUAUAUUCGUGGAAUGACAGAGCAGUCUUUAAAGACCUAACGGUAGGAGUAGUACUAGUUUUCAUUAAACAACGUUUAUUUCAGUGAGCGGAGCAUGAACAGGGUUUAAGUGCUAUUGCCAGAGUAUGAAAUAAUUCUUUCAGAGAAGAACCUGGUGAUCAUUGACUUCAGUGGAGAAGUGCUGCUAUAAACCAGUUUAAUCCAUAACUUCCUUUUGCCUAGGACCUUCUUACAUUCCUUUUGUGUGAUGCUUACUCACACUCCAUGCUAAAAAAAAAGAAGUUCCCCUUCUUAUGACACUGGAUCCCCUUAAUCUAAAAUUAGUGCUGGUCAGCAUUCCCCAGGUGUCUUUUAAAAUGAGCUGUUAACAUUUUGAAGGAAAGUGGGGAGCUUCAGAUCUCUCCCAUCUCACCUCAGGAUAUUUCCCUGUUUGUCCAUCAGUGUCCUGCAUUUCUUACGUUUUGCUGGGAGAGGUGCAUUUGGACAGACCCAGUGAUUAAUUAGAGAAGAUAAUUUUGAAAUGCAAAUAAGAAAACUUGAAAGCUGUAUUCCAACAGCAAUCCUUAUAGCAGUGAUCUAGACACUAAGAAAGAGAAAGGAGGUACUGAAAAGGCAAGAAACUUAAAGAGGAGUGUAGCAUAAACAAUGUUUCUGAGACUAAAAGUGUCCAAAUGCAAGAACUUUAGUUUGUAAAGUACGUCAGUAUUUGUGUUCCUCCCUCUAGAGGGAGCUAGCAGAUAGACGUUUGGAAAAAUGGUGUAUUCUUGGGAAGAAAACCUGCUCUCUAGCAAGGCAGACCCUAAUGCACAGCCUUCCAAAGUGACACAGCGGCAGCUUGGCCAAAGGGCUGCAGCAGGGCAGGCUUUCCGCCAACUGUCAGGAGAAAUCAAGAGAAACAACUCAAGUCUUUGCUGUGUCAGUAGCGGCAGUGGUGCUCCACAGAUACAAACGCUGAUAGACAGAAGAAGAGUGGCAAGACCCACACUAAUGCAAACUUCAGGGAGCUUCAGGUUUUCCUUGCUGCUUAAAAAACUUCCUCUUGGUAACUGCCCCUUUACUUUCCAGGCACGGCAGGAGUUGAGAAAGGCAAUCAGCAGGCAGUCUUGGGGGGAUGCAGAGAACUGGGCAAUCAGUGCACCGCUCCAAUGGCCCACUUCCACGGGCUGCUUACCCAUUUCCAGGUAGUGAAAGUAAAAAUUCAUCAUGUUAAAGGAAUUACCCCAUUUGCUCAUAUAAUAGUUGCCAAUUUUAUGCCAACAAACAGAAUGGGUAGAUGAAUGGGUCCAG